CCGACUCCCUCACCGCUCAAGUUACAUCGCCGUUAAUCAGGCCACCUCUCGCCCGCCCCGGCUGCUACACGGUGGCCAGCACGCACUGUUGCAUCACCGCUUUUUCCCGGCCCGUGACUGAAGACUGCUGCGACCCAUCUUCUCCUCAAUGGCGGUGCCCGCUGUGCUUCCCGCAGAUGCCGUCGCACCUAGACUAGACCAUCUGUUGCGGCGCGCGCGCAUUGUCAAGCAGGUUGCUUCGAUCGACCCUCCACUGCAGGUAUCGGAGCUGGUGCCCGAGGGCGAGCCGCUUCUGGGCGAAAUCGAGGGAGGGAAAGAAGUGCGCACGCUUGCAGUCGAGAGUGCGGCUAAGAGCGUCUUCUACGCCAAUCUUGGGUCCACUCGUAUCGAGGAGCCGGCGUUUGUGACGAUUUGGAAUCUACUCGACAUCCUGCAGUACUGCGGAGAUCGAGAUCUAUGCUCUCCACAGCUUGUCCUGCUUCUGAUUGAAGAGCUUCUCGACAGCCAGUCCAUCUCGGGAUGUCGGGUCGUCUUCAACUUUCUCGAGUCGAGGAGAGAGACGAUUAUUGCGAUCAACUCGAAAAACAAGGACCUGGUCAUUUUGCGACUAUGCAAUGAGCUUCUUCGGCGUUUGUCGCGUGCCGAGGACCCGGUGUUUUGCGGGCGUGUCUACAUCUUCAUGUUUCAGAGCUUUCCCCUGGGCGACAAAAGUUCGGUCAAUCUACGGGGAAAUUUCCAUGUGGAAAAUGUAACGACAUUUGAGGACUUUCUGAAGGAAUCAAAUACGGCGGCAGACGACGAGGCGGAGGCGGAUGAGGCUAUGCAGGUGGAUGUGGACGAAGCCACAACGGCGGUCAAGGACGAGGCAAAGGGCGAGGACAGGAUACCCCAGGCAGGCGACAGCGACAGCGACAAGGCCAAGGACGCGACGACGAAACGGGCGACUCUGGAUGUCGACACGCUGUACCCUGUGUUCUGGUCGCUGCAACACUCUUUCUCGAACCCACCAAGACUUUUCGAAGAAGACAAUUUUAGAGAGUUUCAAAAGGGUCUAGAAGCGACGCUAGCAAAGUUCAAAGAGGUGCCCAAGGUGAUCCAAGCUGGCGACAGCGAGCGGAAAAAAGGGCCCAAAUCACGAGAGGGAGAUGAGUACGACGCGUUUGCCAACUCGUACAAUCCCAAGUACCUGACGAGCCGCGAUCUGUUCAGACUCGAGCUGAGCGACGUCGCCUUCCAGCGGCACAUCCUGGUCCAAGCACUGAUCCUGAUCGACUUCUUGCUCACAUUAACCGAAAAGUCCAAGAGCAAGGCGUUUUACCAGAAUGCGCAAAAGGCAAUGCAGUAUCACUUUACACUGGGGACGGAAAAGACCGAGUGGGCAUUGGGCAUCAAGACGGCCAUUGCAAAUUACCUGCAGGAAGGACCCGAUGGCAAAUUCUACUACCGCAUGGUGGACACGGUGCUGUCGCGCGACAAGAACUGGGUAAGGUGGAAGAUGGAGAACUGCCAACCGUUCACCCGAGAGAGGGUGCCGACCAGGGACUUUCAGCAGGCCAAGUCUGGGGCGCAGAAGGCCGUGGUCAGCAAGAAGGCAGCCAGGCCCAUGGGCGUGCCCACUAUGUUUGAAUUUCUGUACAACAACGAGGCGGAAAAGGGGCUUUCGCAGCUGCGGCAGAGCGACAGGUUCAACGUGCCGAGCGCAGAGUGGUAUAGCAAGAGGGUCAAGAUGACGGAGCUGGACAUGGACAUGGCCGAGGGCGACGAGGAGAAGCGGCAGCUCGAGGAGCAAAAGGCGAGCCAUGUGUGGCGAGGGCUUCGUCUGGCGUCCAAGAAGCAGCUGGUGUGGUUUGACCGGAUGGAGCCUGGCAAAAGUCUCGAGGCUCUUCAGCCGGCCAGCUCAUGCACUGAGGCUGCUGCUGGUGGUGCUGCGGCGGGCCUUGAGGUUGCACCCACUGGUUCGGAUGACCAGGGGUCAGUUCCGCAGGGCGAGCAUCAGAGCGUCGAGGAGCAGCGGGCCGGCCAACAUGGUCAAGUGACGGGGGAUUCGACGGCCUAGGUAAUGUAGUACUAGCGACAGGGGGGGCCUGAAAGCAGUUAGGCAUAUUUAUGAAUUAUCGACGGCUUUCGAGACGAC